UGUAAAUAAAUAACGAAAAGAAUCUAACAGGAAUUCGGGUCAAAUAGAAAUCAUACAAUUUCUCGGUUUGUUGGAGUGUAAAGCAGCGUAAAUUCAUCGUUAACUCGCUCAAGAGAGUCGCUUUUCUAAUGAAAAAUUCACCUGUCACCUGAGUCGUCAAAUGUUACAGACAAAGAUGACCUUGAGUACACGUAUUCCGUCCCCCCAGCAGCUGUUUUGAUUCAUUUUGUUACAUUUUUAAUUCAUUCUUGGUUUCGUUUCGCCUUGUUUUUUACUCGAAUUUCACUAAUUAUUAAUCACGUGAAUUGACUGAAUACUGUUUUCCAAUCGAAAGCAUUCGUUUUUGCUCAUUCCGUCGAAGAAUUCUCGUUCUUGUCGUAGGUUAUCGGUUUAUCACGCAGUUGCUUGUUAUUAUACGCGUAUAGACAAAGAUAAUUUUAAAUUACGUAUUUAACUCAAAUCUCAUUCGUUAACCGUUGAAAGUGUGUAGAUUGGUGGUACUGCGUAGUGGAAUUCUCGCAACGAACCAAGACCAAAAGUUCGUUCCAAUUGUGUAUUGUUUGAUGAUGGUAACGUGAUAAAUUCUCAAGAAAAAGGUAAACACAAUGGUCGAGCCAUUUUUUGAUUAUCAAUUUCGAUUGAUUCUUAUCGGAGAUAGCACCGUAGGCAAAAGUUCGCUGUUGAAGUAUUUCACAGAUGGAAAAUUCGCCGAAGUUUCAGAUCCUACUGUGGGUGUCGAUUUCUUCGCCAGAUUUAUCGAAAUCAAAGGAGGUAAACGAAUAAAACUGCAGCUAUGGGAUACAGCUGGUCAAGAAAGAUUCAGGUCAAUUACAAAAUCAUACUAUCGUAACUCUGUCGGCGCUCUUCUAGUGUACGAUAUAUGUAACCGAGCAAGCUUCGAACAUAUUCCACGAUGGAUGAUGGAAGCCAGACGUCACAUUGAACCACAUCAACCAGUUUUCGUAUUGGUCGGUUGUAAAUUAGAUUUAGCUCAAACUGGAGCCCGAGUUAUAAGUACAGAAGAAGCUAAAGCCUUCGCUGAACAAAACGAUAUGUAUACAUGUGAAACAUCCGCUAAAACAGGACUCCACGUCGAAGAGGCAUUUACAGCGAUAACCGAAGAAAUCUACAAUCGUAUCCAAACAGGCGAAUAUAAAAUCGAAGAUGGAUGGGAUGGAAUUAAAGCUGGAUUCUCUCGACCUGGCAAUAAUCUAGAUUUUAAUUUAGCCGAAGCCGAACCAGCCAAAUCUCCUUGUUGCUGAUGGAAAUUCCCCGAGACCCGAGUUCAUUAUAGUUUUCUUUAAUAACGAUGCGCUUGUAAUGUGUUUUUAAGUGAAUGCUUUCCAAUUUUUAUAAGAAUUUUUUCUAGGAUACGUACCCUACGUUGUUCCGCAUGUACUUAUAUUAUUAUUAUUUUGGUGUUGUAUUCAAUUGUGUUAUUCAAGGACUGCUUCGAUUGGAGUGAUAUGCUGACAGGUCGUUCUGAUCGCAGACCUUUCAAUAUAUUUGUUAUAUUUGUAAUUGUGUUAACAUUUUAUAUAAUGGCUGAAUUUUUACUAUACGAGAAUAGAAUUUUUACAGAACCUUAAGAUAGUGAACAAAUUAGCUCAACUUAGCCUGUUUUUUUUUUCUAUUCACCUUUCAUGUACCUACUAUUUUUAAGCAAUUAAAACUCUUUAUUUUCUC